CAGUGGCGGCGGCAACAUGGCGUCCAGGCCCAAGCGGCGCGCGCUGGGCGAGGAGGCUCCGCGCACGCCCGGCGCUCCGGCCCCGCGCCGCGACGACGAGCUGGAGGACGACGCCGAGGCGGAGGAGGACGACGAGGAGGACGAGGACGAGGACGACAGCGACCCGGAGGACGACAGCGGCGAGGAGGACGACGAGGCCGUGGGCGAGGAAGUGAAUGUUGACUUCGAAGCUUUCGCCAUCUCGGAUAUCGAUUAUGACGGAAUUAAGAAGUUACUGCAGCAGCUGUUCCUCAAGGCCCCCGUGAACACGGCCCAGCUCACCGAGCUCCUGAUCCAACAGAACCACGUCGGCAGCGUCAUCAAGCAGACAGAGGUCUCGGAGGACAGCGACGGGGAAGAGGACGAAGAGGAGAUCUUCGGUUUCAUCAGUUUGUUCAACCUAACUGAAAGGAAGGACACCCAGUGCGCCGAGCAGAUCAAGGAGCUGCUGCUCGCGGCCUGCCGGCAGCACAGCGAGAAGAGCACAGCCCAGCAGCUGGAGCGGCUCCUCCGCGACCCGGCCAGGCCCGUGGGCCUCCUGCUGAGCGAGCGCUUCCUGAACGUGCCGCCCCAGGUGGCCCUGCCCCUGCACCAGCAGCUGCAGAAAGAGCUCGCAGAGGCGCAGAGAACUAACAAGCCGUGCGGGAAGUGCCACUUCUACCUCCUCAUCAGCAAGACGUUUGUGGAGGCCGGGAAGGAUGGCGCGGGGCAGAGGCCGAGAGGCCCAGGCAAGGAGGAGCUCCGGUUCGCCAACGCCGAGGAAGAGUUUUUCUAUGAGAAGGCGCUCCUGAAGUUCAGCUUCCCGGUGCAAGACGGCGACACGUGUUUGGGAGGUUCGUGGGCCUUUGGCGACGCGCCACUGAAGCCCCUGCGGACCGUGAUGGUGUUGCCGAGCGACAGGAUGGGGGAGGUCAUGGGCAUGCUGCAGGAGCACCUGGCCGUGUGACCCGGCGCCCGAGACCGCUGGGGACCAGAGACUGGGCCACGUCCUGACAGCACGGGACUUUCAGGUCAGGGGUCCCCUCUGCAGAGGAGGGCGGGUCCUCCCCCGUGCCUGUGACACGUUUAGAAAACCCGCUUUUCCCUCUUGGCCAAAUCGUGUUUGGUCAGGAUCUUCCGAGGAGAAAAAAAAAAAAAAACAA